AAGAGUAACUUCAUCCUCCGCGCGCGUCUGUUUGUGUGCUAACUUUUGUGUAAAAAUUGAAAUUUGUUGAAGCUUAAAAACAACAAUUGGUAUCGAUAGCAAAGUGCUUUAACGCCAGAAUCGUAUUUAUUUAUUUAUUUAUUGCACGAGCUUUACGUAAUAUCCAGGGGUUUCCUCUGCGUACACGCAACGCAAAUUUUGAUGUCACGAUCCUCUUAAACAACAGGGAGGCGAUGUUGCCGGUGCGCUGCCGUCGUUUUCACCAUCCCUGUCUUGCUACAAGGAAGUUAUAUUGAAACAAACUUCCUCGUCGGUGUUAUUUUAAAUAUCUGACAGUUGGCUCUUUUUUUCUUUUUUAGAUGUUGGCGUUUUAUUGUACUUAAUAUAUUCACAGGAAGUGUCAUCUUGUGGUGUAUGUGUAUAUUUAUGCCACUAGAUGGCACUCUUACCUCAGUGCAGUGUUGGCGGUGCUAACCAUCCACCUAUCCAUUUCUUUUCUUUCUAAUGAUUUAAUUUUUCAUAUAAAAUAAGAGGAAAACUUCCCCAUCCUCUGUCAUUUCCACCCCUCUGUCAGCAGCCGCCUAAACGCCUUCAAAAUGCUGCGAGAGAGCUCCAAGGCAUGGAGCAAUGGCUCAGAGGCCUACAGCACUGAUCCCGAGGAGGAUGAUGAGGAGGAAGAGGACAUGAUAUUUGGAGAGAGUGAUCAAGACGGCAUGGCGGAGGAGAUGAUGGAUCUGAGCGACCUUCCCACAGCGCUCUUUGCAUGCAGCGUCCACGAAGCUGUGUUCGAGCAGGACUUGCACAGGGAGAGGUUCGAGGCAUUGUUUAGGAUCUACGAUGAACAGGCGACUUUCCAAAUGUUCAAAAGCUUCCGGAGAGUCCGGAUCAACUUCAGCACCCCAGAGGCAGCAGCCCGCGCACGCAUUGAGCUACAUGAGUCCGAGUUCAACGGCAAGAAGCUUAAACUCUACUUUGCUCAAAUCCAGAAUGGUGACGAGGACAUUGACAAGUCAUAUUUGGCCCCUCCCCAGCCAGUCAAACAGUUUCUGAUCUCGCCCCCUGCCUCGCCGCCCGUGGGCUGGAGCCAGAGCGAAGACGCCACGCCCGUCAUCAACUACGACCUGCUGUGCGCCGUAGCCAAGCUCGGACCCGGUGAAAAGUAUGAACUCCAUGCAGGAACAGAGUCCACCCCCAGCGUGGUGGUCCACGUGUGCGAGAGCGAAACAGAGGAGGACGAGGCAGCGCGGCCAAAGCAGCAGAUUGUGCAGACCAGACGCCCCGACGGACCCCCGAAGGUCUUCAACUAGAGAGGCCUCCCUUCCAACACCAGUGGGGCCAAGACCGCCACUUAAGCCCACAACACACCUGCCCUCUCUCUCUCGUCUCUGCACUCACAGAGAGCGUCGAUGCCCCUCAUUUCAGUUCAACUAAAGCAAAAAAAAAAAAAAACAACCAACAAACAUGUGUUUGUGGGGAGCGUGGCGAUGGAAUGAGGUGGCUUGAAGGGGAUGGAUGAGAAUCACACACACACACUCAUCACAUUCUGUGGACAGCCUGGGGGAGCGGUAGGCAUGCUUGCCUCCACCCCACUAAUCUCCCCUCGUUUUCGGCAAGAGGGGUGGAAAUACCUGUCCCUACGCAGGCACCUGUCACUUAUCGCACACACUCAGCUCUCAUUGCUAGUCCUGCUCAGUAGCUUGCUAGUCAGUUAGGUUGUUAGCUGUACCUCUCCCUUCGUCUCACAGUCAUAUGUAAUAAUCGAAGAUCUUUGGUUGAGGACAUGCGAUACUUAAGCAAAGAUAUUUCUCUUUUCUUUCUGUUUUUUAAACAAUAAAUUGUGUUUUCAGGUUAUACAUAUGUAUUAUAAAUGUUUAUUUUUUUCCUCCUUUUUCAUAUCUGCUGGUUUGCAGCUUCCGCUCUCAUUAAGACUGACUGUGUGAUGUUUCCGCUCUUGUCUGCAUGUAUAUACUGUAUUACAAAAAAUACGUACAGAAACACAAAUACUAACACGCUAUAUCAAGAAAAAGGAACCUAUUUAACAUCACACACAGCACGAAGCGCCAUAUGUGACUAACAAAGUUGUGGUGGUUGUCUGACUUUUUUUCUUUAUUUAUUUUGGUUUUGCUUUUUGCCCUUUUUUUAUUUGGAGAGGUGUUUUUUUGCUAUACUACUAGAUGUGUAUACUUACUACGUAUUUGAUACCCCAAAACUUUUUGCAUGCUAAGUUACUUCUGUAGAUGAAGAGCUGAGGUGUAUUUUUUUUUCUUAAUUGAUGUUCGUGACUAUGACAGAGGAACGGGUUGAUGCAAGUGCAUAUUUCCGCACAGGGUUGAAAGUAUGUGAAACGGGGGGUAGAAAAAUAAAAGCUGAAUGAGUUUUUGAAAGCUUGACAGUUCAGUCUUUGACUCGACGGCAAUUUUGCAUGUGUCACUUUUUUGCAAUUUGACAGGUCAAACCCCCUUAUUUCUUCAAAGGGGUGUCGGGACGGGGUUUGUUUUUCUGUUUUUUCUGAUUCUGUUUGUUGUAAUUCACAACUUUAAUGUAUUUUUUAUGUUAUUUAAUCAAACCCACUAUCUGUGUCAGGUUUCCUCCGAAACCUUCUACUGCUUGUUUUGCACUGAGAAUCUCUUGAUAUCUCCAAGCAAUUGUGGGACUCUUGAUCGUCUCCUGCUGCGCACCAGAGUACUGCGCUGCAUCUGGCUGUAAAUAGCUUAGCGGAAAAAAAAUUGUUGAAAUAGUUCCUUUAGAUAUUGCAGUUUACCUGAAAGCAUUUUGCUGAGAAAAGGGAAAAUUAAUCACGCCACAUGAGAUACCAACGGAUACACCAACCAAAGCAUCGACUCAUCUCGCAUUGUCCUAACGUAAAAUGAUUUCUUUCUUACUCAGAGACUCUGAUCUGUAUUUCUAAACAUAAGGAUAUCAUGUUUCCCCCGACCCACUUGGAGUAGUUUGUAUUGAAUUAGCGCUCAUUUUAUAAAAACAUACAUUCCUUAAUCUACAGCUCACCUUUAUUUUGUUCCAAUAAAAUCAAAUCAGACCAGUGUGUUUCACCUCCAUUGAAUGAAACAUUUCAGCGCUUUAAAAGCCACACAAAGGAGGCGAGUCUGAACCUCAUUUGUGUCAUCAGACAGCAUGAAAUCUAAAAGUACUUUUUGCUAUGUAACAAUAUUAGUAAGCAAACUACAAGUCUGUGUGCAUGUGAGCACUUUACUGUCAGUGUGCUGUUAUUUCCUUCACAUAAAAGUCUUUUUUUAAAGACAAAGUAGGAAGCACAUUGUAUGUCUUCAGUUUUAUUUCUAGUGUUGUUUUUUGGGGUUGUUUGUUUUAUCUCAAGCUAAACACCUGGUUAGCCUUUUCACCAGCAUAUUGCAGUGAGUGAAACACUCCACUUCCUUUUUGCUCGUGUGAACCUUUCAGGCCUUUUUUGGAUCUGUGGAAGUGCGUUACGGAAAAGAGGUGUGGACGUGCAGUGCAGUUUUAGGUUUGAGAGAAGAAAAAAAAAAGAAACGAGGCAGGAUGACAGUGCAGAACAAAAUCACUAUCUUUGUUUUUGUGUUUGUCCACAAGAAACAUUCAUUUUAUCUUCACAGGAUAUGAAAUGGUUCUUUGAAAUGCACCGUGUUGGCAGAGUGCACUUUUAUUGGCACUACGGUUAAGCUGUCGCAGUUAUCUGAGCAGACGGCAGACUGGUGGAGCUGCCGUGAUGGAUGAUAUUGUAGAGGAAGCAGCGGAGCGGAAAGAAGGACGCAAGGAAAGAUUUUUUAUCUCUUUUGUCAUGGUGUUUUAACAAACUGGUGCAUUUGGUCACAGUUGAAAAGAAAAUUUAUAUUUAUGUACAUAUGCCAAGUGUUUUUUCUGUUGCUGAGGCCAGUCCCGGUGUGCAGUUUGUUAUGGCUUCUCUUGGCAAUGUUGUAAAUGGAAACAAAAAAACAAAAAACGACAAAAAUGUAUAACAAUAAGUCCUGAAGAUGCUCGAUCAAAACCGACAGUCAUCGUGUUGUGUUCAACAUGGACUCUGUUUGAAUGUUUCUUUUAUUUCUGGGGAACGUCUACUAAAAAGCUCAAUUAUACCGUUUGUCACUGUUGUACCGUUUCCGUUGAAAUCUGAAUAUUGUGUCUUGUAUUGUAGGAAUCGAGAAAACAACGUAGCAAAACGAGCAAUAAUUUAUAGUUCUAUAAUACCAGUAUGUGUAUUUUCAUGUUCUGUACUUAUUUCUCAGAGAUGGUCUCUGUCUCUUACAGUAUCCGCUUCGAUUUGUGUAGUAUAAUAGUCAUUUGUUUCACAUAGAAAAAAAUACAUAAAGACUUAU